AAAACUGCACCCAGGUGUUUAAAGAGAGCAGGGCCAGGGCUGAGGUGAAUCGCUCAUAAAUCCAUAGAGUCAUCCUGGGUUACACCUAUAUGAGAGAGAGAGAGAGAGAGAGAGUGAGGGGGAGAGAGAGAGCAGGAGAGAGGUAAAGGGGACAAAGAGAAAGAAGGAAAGGGGUCAGAUGACAGAGAGGGAAAGAGAGUAGAGGAGUGCAGUUGAAGGACAUCAAAGAAGACGGACACAACAAAAUGCUUAUGAAGAGCUCUGGAAUUAAACGCUAGAAGGGGCCCCAGUUACUCUAUUGGAACACCCCGACAUUGACCUAUUGAGAGGUACCAACAAUGACCAUCCACCAUGCCAGCUGAGAACACAAGACAAACUAACCUCUGGAUACAGUGAGAGCUUCUGAAUCACCACAAACUGACCAAGCACAACACACUGUCAACUCAGGACAUCAAGCUACUUCCACUCCCAAGUCACCGGUGCGGUUGAAGUACACUAGAAACUGAAGCGUCUGUCUGUUCUACAGUAUCGCCUGGGCUUGGUCCGGUACCCGCGGGAAGGAUCAUGGGAGCUUGGAGGAGCUGGAGCGGGGACUUGAAAACAUCGGGAGAUAAGAGACACUCGAUGAGGUGGACUUGUCAGCCAUGUCCUGGUUCACCUUAAGACUGCAGGUUAACAGUAGUAGUGGAACUGAAGCCACUGUGGAAGCAUCACUACACACUCACUGUUUUCCUAUUGGAUUUAGAUUCAAUUUAGAUAAAGAUUCAAUUUAUGUGUUUUCAAGUCAAAUUUGAUCACAUACACAGUUUCCAGCAGGUUUAGAAGGUGCAGUGGAAUGCUAACGUGAUAGCUCCCUCAAUGCAGUACAAUUGUUGUUUUUGUUUCGUUUUGUCUGUUUUUCACUGGAUUUUAUGCAGUGCGGAAAGUCGCUUUAAAUUCUUAAUAGUUCUCUAUUCACUCCAACAUGGAGCACGUUAAAAUCCGUUUGGAAUCCAUAAGCAACUCUUUAAAUCUUUAUGAAUACUAAUAGUAACAGUUUAUCCCAGUAAAGCGAUCACUUCAUUGUAGGGACGUGCUGGCCUUAUUUAUGAACUCAAACAUAUCCCCAACGAUGAACCAGAGCCAGAUGCCCAUCGUGACCUCCAUCUCCCCCCAGUCUGGGCAUGGUUCUGGGGGCUCGGGCGGUGUCUCUGGAGGGGGUAGCUCUGGGGGUGGGGGGUUGUGGGUGACCUCUCUCCUCGGCGCUACCCUCCUAAUCAUGCUCGCCAUGGGGGUGGCGGGUAACAUCUACACGCUCUUCAUCAUGCGUUCCGCGGCUCUCCGCCGAUCCGGCUCUAUGUACGUCUAUAUACUCAACCUUGCCCUCGCCGACCUCCUCUACCUCUCUACGAUCCCAUUCGUCAUCUGCACCUACUUUGCUCACGAUUGGUUGUUCGGCGAGGCCGGUUGCCGGGUCCUCCUGAGUCUCGAUCUCCUCACCAUGCACGCCAGCGUCUUCGUCCUGGUCGCCAUGUCGUUGGAGCGCUACCGGGCCGUGGCGAAGCCGUUUGACGCCCGACGAUCCAGCAUGCGGGGACGGAAGGUAGUGGCGGCCGUCAUCUGGUUCGCGGCGUUUGUCCUGACACUACCCAUGAUGAUUAUGAUACGGCUGAGGGAAGGGAAGCCGAACGCGGCCGGGAACGUCAAGCGGAUCUGUUACCCGACGUGGACCCAAGAGGCCUUCAAGGUCUACCUCACCGUCCUGUUCCUGACCAGCGUCCUCGUACCCGGUUUAGUCAUUGUUGGUCUCUACGCUGGCCUAGCACGUCGCUAUUGGACUGCUCAGGCUAGCUUGGGAGGAAGCAGCCGUUCAGCGAGAAGACGAGGCUUAAAACAAAAGGUAGUAACAAUGAUUUUUUGUAUCGUUGUCGCGUACUGGGUGUGUUUCCUGCCCUUCUGGGGGUGGCAGUUGGCGCAGUUAUUUUCCCCGCAGUCCCUCAGGGCUCUGUCUCCUGCCACUCACAGUUACAUGAAUUUCUUUGUAACGUGUCUGACCUAUGGGAAUAGCUGUAUUAACCCUUUGUUGUACACCCUCCUGACCCGGAACUAUAAAGACUAUCUGGCUCAGAAGGGUCAGAGCACAGGGUCAAGUAGGGGAGACCUGGGGUCGGCAGCCGGGGCACCCCUACAGGAUCUAUAAUCAGAGUAGAGGUGACCUGGGGGUCGCCAGCCGCAGCACCCCUACAGGAUCUAUAAUCAGAGUAGAGGUGACCUAGGGGUCAGCUGCCGAAGAACCCCUACAGGAAAUAUAGGAGAAGAGGGGGGAAGUAUUUUUGACGUGACAAGUAGGAACUAUUAUAUUUGACUUAAAUCCUUUUUUUCCCUGGGGAGGAUAGGUCAUCCAUGCAGGAACUAUAAAAGAGGGGGAGUUAUUCUGACGUGACACCAAGAGCACUAUUGCCAAAGCAUUUCUGAUACAGCAUGUUUAUCUUUUCACCUUGGAUUUGGUGAAGACAUGAGGACAUUUCUUCAUAGCUGUUGGGGCAAGAGCAGCCCCCAAAACAAACAAAUCGUUUUUGAGUAAUUAGUGCAGCAUAAACUUGACCUAACAACAUGGCUUACUCUAAACUCAAUAGUUUUUGUAUUUUUACAUAAUCUGAAUAUUAUUGGUAUAUAGUUAUACAGAUGUUGGAUCUUAAUUUGUGCCAGUUUGCUACAGCAGGAAAAUAAUCCUGCAGCAACAGGAAAAGUGAAUUAUUAUGUGGAUUAUAAUUAAUAGACGUUUUUUGUAGGGAUUGAUAGAUUGUUCGUAAGGGAAAAUCAAGUCUGAAAUGUUAAAGGGGAAAUUACAAAUUUAAGAAACCUUUUUAUACCUCAAAGCCUUGUUAAACCUCAAACCUCUAAUUGUUUAAUUUCACACAUUACAGGAAAGUUGUCCUGCAACAGAGUGAUCAGAUUAAGAUCCUACAUUUGCAGCAAUAGCUGUUUGACAUAUACUUUGCCAGGGGAUUCCAAUGUGCAUUCAUCAUGUAGGCUGCUGUAUUUCUUGUCACAUAUUGACAUGAAUGUCAUUUAACCAGUCACUAAGUAUUUUUUUUUCUUACUUCGACUUUGUUGUCAUAUUGCCAAAAAUGUGUCAAGCUAAUG